AUGCUUGGUGGAGUUCUUCUCCUCAAUGCACUUUUGUCGUACUGGUUUACUUCCGAUACAACUUGGGGUUAUCACGGGAAGUACAUAAACUGGAGAUUUUUCAAGCAUCAGUUUUCACCAAAACUACUGCUUACAUUAUCGGAGUUGGCCAAAUACGACGGAUCUGAUGGUGGCCAAAUUCUCUUAGCAAUAAACGGCAGUGUAUACGAUGUAAGCUCUAAUAGAGAUAUCUACGGACCAAAGGGAACGUACCAUAGUCUAGUUGGAAAAGAUGCAGCGAGGGUAUAUGUUACUGGCUGUUUUCGCAAAAGUGACGAGUACACGCAUGAUUUACGAGGAUUAGACGCAGAGGAAUGUGAAAGAGAUAUCAAGAGUUGGCAAAAAUUUUUCCACAACCAUCGCGACUAUUGGUAUGUUGGUCAAGUAGAGUUGAAUUAUGAUUUUCCCGAAAACCCCCCAGAACCUUGCCAGCAUAUAAAAUUCCCAGGUUGA